AAGAGUCCUCGUAGUCAUUACCAAAAUAGAGAGACGUGUCAGCAAAGCAAAAGAAGAAGUUCCAAAUCCGUUUGUCUUCUUCUUCGCCAAUCGCCGCCCCCAGCCGGACCGGCAGCAACCGCGUCGAUGACUCAGUGAGCGCGUUAGGGUUUAGAAAUCGGAUUCGCGCGUUUCUGAGAUUAGAGAUGUCUCUGAGAAUCAAAAUUGUAGUGGACAAGUUCGUUCAGGAGCUCAAAGAAGCUUUGGAUGCCGAUAUCCAAGACAGAAUCAUGAAGGAGAGAGAGAUGCAGAGCUACAUCGAAGAGCGCGAACGCGAAGUCGCCGAGCGAGAAGCUGCUUGGAAAGCUGAGCUCUCUCGCCGCGAGGCAGAGAUUGCCAGGCAAGAAGCAAGGCUGAAAAUAGAGAAGGAAAACCUUGAGAAAGAGAAAAGCGUUCUAAUGGGAACUGCAUCAAAUCAAGAUAACCAAGAUGGAGCUCUUGAAAUCACCGUAAGCGGUGAAAAAUACCGGUGUCUCAGGUUUGCGAAGGCAAAGAAAUGAGCCAUUAGAAAAAGGAAUGCUGAAGAAAGAAGCCUUGAUUAUGUUAGAUGUUCUACUUGCUUGGCCAUUUUUUGCAAAUUUCAUUCGUUGUACGGAUGCUCUAAUUCUGUAUAUCCUUGCAUCUUAUUGCAACAAAUGCCCCAAGUCUUGUCAUUUCAUAUCAUUCAAUACAA